AUGCAAUAAUAUUCAUGGCUUGGCAGAAAAAAUACUAAAUUCUUCGUUUUAAAAAUUAAUUUAAAAAAUAUGGCUUUGUCAUCGGUCUCUAGAUCGUUAUUCAAAUCAUCCAAUAUUUGGAGUUUAAAUAGGAUGAGCAGAAUCGUUCCACAGGGUUUAAAGACCAAAUAUCACUUGUGCUCGUCAUUUGCUGCAAAUAAAUACGAUACAAGAACAGAUAAAAUAUCACAUUUACCUGUAGACUUGUUAUCUGAUGAAGAGGAAAUGAUGAAAGAAGCUGUUGCUAGAUUUGCAACAGACAAGAUCAAACCAUUGGUUUCUAAAAUGGACAAGAAUUCCCAAAUGGAUCCAUCUGUGAUUGAAGGACUGUUCCAUCAAGGGUUCAUGGGUAUAGAGAUAGGUGCAGAAUAUGGAGGAUCUCAUUCAUCAUUUUUCGUAGCUAAUCUGGUGAUAGAAGAAUUAGCCAAAGUGGAUCCUUCAGUCAGCGUCAUGUGCGAUGUUCAUAAUACUCUGAUUAAUUCGCUGUUUGUAAAAUAUGGCACAGAAGCACAGAAAGAGGAGUAUCUACCAAGGCUUGCAACAGACACGAUUGGUAGUUUUUGCCUAUCAGAAGUCACAUCAGGUAGUGAUGCUUUUGCCAUGGAAUGUGAGGCUAAGAAGAUGGGUGAUUACUAUGUUAUUAAUGGUUCCAAAAUGUGGAUCACUAAUGCCGAGCACGCUGGAGUCUUUUUGGUCAUGGCUAAUGCAGACAAAUCAAAGAAACACAAAGGAAUUACCACUUUUAUUGUACCACGGGAAACAGAAGGACUUACCAUUGACAAGAAAGAAGAUAAACUUGGGAUCAGAGCUUCGUCAACUUGUCCAGUCCAUUUUGAUGAUGUCAAGGUUCCUGUUAGCAAUGUAUUGGGAAAAGAAGGCUUUGGAUAUAAGUAUGCUAUAGGCAUGCUGAAUGAGGGAAGAAUUGGCAUAGGUGCUCAGAUGGUUGGCUUGGCGCAGGGAUGUUUUGAUGCAACUAUUCCAUACACUCAUGAGAGAAAACAAUUUGGCCAAAAAAUAUGGGAUUUUCAGGGAAUGCAACAUCAAAUUGCUCAAGUUCACACCCAAAUUGAAGCAGCAAGGUUGCUGGUGUAUAAUGCAGCUCGCAGAAAAGAAGCAGGACAACCAUUUGUAAAAGAGGCAGCCAUGGCUAAAUAUUAUGCUAGCGAGGUUGCAACAUUGACGACAUCUAAAUGUAUUGAGUGGAUGGGUGGAGUUGGAUUCUCUACAAACUAUCCCAUGGAGAAGUUUUACAGGGAUUGUAAAAUAGGCACAAUUUAUGAAGGAACAACAAAUAUUCAGCUUAACACCAUUGCCAAGGAGUUAGCAAAAGAACUACACUAUUAAAACUCUCUUCAAUAUAUUUAUAGUAUGAAUACUGAAUAAUAUUUAUAUUUUGGUCUGCUCUACAUUUUAAAAACAUCUCUAAUUGAUGGAUGUAAAAAUAAUAAGAACUACAAAUAUGUGGGUUUGUUAUGUUUAUUAAUGCUAUAAAAACCAGUUAGGCUAUUGGGAUAUUGCUGUGUAUAUAUUUAAAAAUAUUGUGGUUUCAAUGUCUAUUCAACAAACAACUAAUUUAUUGAAAGUAUGUGUGAAGCAAGCUUUCAAUAUCUGUGUAGAUUAGUAGUCUUUGUAGUCUUCAUAUACUGAUCUUGCUAGAGAGUUUCGGGUCGACCCAAUCACUUGUUUUUUCAUUGGAAAAAGUCAGCUUCUUUAUGUAGUUACCUAUCUAUUAACUAUGUACCUAUUUCAUGGGUGUGAAGAUUAACCUUUCCUGCUGAUACUGAUAAACAACUUCUUAUACAUUGACUUGUGAACACUACUACAACUUUUUACCCUCAACCACAAACAUAUACACCUUUAUGAAUCAUAAAGGUACAUAUAGUGCAGAGAGUGCAUUGAACAAGUCAUCCUAUCCAGAAUGAUAUUCCAAGUCCUGCAGGUUUGUAUAACCUACUUCAAACAACUUGUAUGAAUGACAGUUUUCAAUUGUUGGUUUAUUUUGUAUGCGAAUGAGAAAACACUUCAUGUCUACAGGAUCUGUAAAUACUUUUUAACAAAAUCAAUGCUUGUAAAGAGGUUUUAUAUUAUAUUCGACUGCUAGAAAAGUUUUCGUGAUAUUCUUUAUUGUAGCAAUUUAACUAAAUAUCCAGAACAGGUUGAUUAAUAAACAGAUGAUUAAUUCUUAUCAUA